CCAGGGAAAAGCAAGAGUGUCCUUCUGAGCCUGGGGCCGCGGCGGCCGAGCCAGGCGAAGGAACCAGUGUUCCCCUCUCACCCCGAGGUAAGAACGCUCUCCCCCACUACGCCUGCGGGUCCUGCUCGCUGCGCGGCUGGGACUGGAUAAGAGGAAGUCCCAGGGACCUGGAGAGAGCCCUCAGAUCAGCUCUUGGCUGGAAGAGCCCGGAAGAAACCGGUAGGGGAGGAGGGGGGCCACAGAAUGCUGAGGGAUUUCCCUGAGUACAGCAGUCUCUGUCCCUGGAAAUUCUUCCCCUUGGCCAGAUCUCCUGGGGAGAUGCCAGGCCAGCUUGAGCUUUGGUGAGCUCUGGAGCCCCAGGACAAUGGACACUAUCAGUAGGAACCAAGUGGGCCCUGGGUGCAAGACCCCAGCUGUGGUGCAGAAAGGACCCUUGGACCUGAUCGAAACAGGCAAAGGGCUGAAAGUGCAAACGGAUAAACCCCAUCUGGUGAGCCUGGGCAGUGGGCGGCUCAGCACGGCCAUCACUCUUCUGCCGCUGGAGGAAGGGAGGACAGUGAUUGGCUCUGCAGCCAGGGACAUCUCACUGCAGGGUCUAGGCCUGGCUCCAGAGCACUGCUACAUCGAGAACCUGCGGGGCACCCUCACCCUCUACCCCUGCGGCAAUGCCUGCAGUAUUGAUGGGCUCCUGGUCCGGCAGCCCACCCGACUCACGCAGGGCUGCAUGUUGUGCCUGGGUCAGUCCACCUUCCUCCGUUUUAACCACCCGGCUGAAGCCAAGUGGAUGAAGAGCAUGAUUCCGGCAGGGGGCCGGGCCCCUGGACCCCCCUACAGUCCUGGCCCGGAAUCAGAAAGCUUGGUGAAUGGGAACCACACCCCACAGCCUGCAACCCAGGGACCCUCAGCCUGUGGCAGCCACAGCUCCCUGGUGAGCUCUAUUGAGAAGGACCUGCAGGAGAUCAUGGACUCACUGGUGCUCGAGGAGCCUGGAGCUGCUGGCAAGAAGCCUGCCGCCACCUCCCCACUGUCACCGAUGGCCAAUGGUGGCCGCUACCUGCUGUCCCCCCCGACCAGCCCCGGCGCCAUGUCUGUGGGCUCCAGCUAUGAGAACACCUCUCCAGCCUUCUCUCCGCUCUCCUCACCAGCCAGCAGUGGAAGCUGUGCCAGCCACUCCCCCAGUGGGCAGGAGCCAGCCCCUUCCAUGCCCCCCCUGGUGCCUGCCCGGUCCUCUAGCUACCAUUUGGCCCUGCAGCCCUCACAGUCCCGACCCAGUGGUGCUCGCCCCUCUGAGAGCCCCCGGCUGGGCAGGAAGGGGGGUCACGAGAGGCCGCCCAGCCCUGGCCUCCGAGGUGUGCGGACAGACAGCCCUGCAGCCACUGUCUUGGCAGUGGCCUGCAGAGCCACCGAGAGCCCCCGGGCGGGGGGGCAGUUGCCCCUGGUGGCGAUUGGCCUGAGUGACUACCCGGCUUCCGGUGCCCGUGGCCAACCCACCAGCAUUCCUGGCAGCCCCAAGUUCCAGCCACCAGUCCCUGCUCCUCGAAACAAGAUUGGCACGCUCCAGGACCGCCCUCCCAGCCCUUUCCGGGAGCUGCCGGGCACUGAGCGGGUGUUGACAACCAGCCCCUCACGCCAGCUGGUGGGCCGAACAUUUUCCGAUGGGUCCGCUACCCGCACCCUGCAACCUCCCGAGAGCCCCCGCCUAGGCCGGCGGGGCCUGGACAGUAUGAGAGAACUGCCUCCCUUGAGCCCAUCUCUGUCCCGAAGGGCUCUCUCCCCCAUGCCCGCCCGGACCACCCCAGAUCCCAAACUAACCAGGGAAGUGGCAGAGAGUCCCCGACCCCGGCGCUGGGCAGCCCACGGGGCUUCACCAGAGGACUUCUCUGUGACGCUGGGGGCGCGGGGCCGUAGGACACGGAGCCCCUCACCCACACUAGGGGAGUCCCUGGCACCCCGCAAGGGCAGCUUCAGUGGCAGGCUGAGCCCGGCUUAUAGUCUGGGCUCUUUGACUGGGGCUUCACCCCACCAGAGCCCCCGUGCCCAGAGGAAGCUCUCCAGCGGGGACUUGCGAGUGCCUGUCACUCGGGAGCGGAAAAAUAGCAUCACAGAGAUCAGUGACAAUGAGGAUGACCUCCUGGAGUACCACCGGCGGCAGCGCCAAGAGCGGCUUCGGGAGCAGGAGAUGGAGAGGCUGGAACGCCAGCGCCUGGAGACCAUCCUGAACUUAUGUGCCGAGUACAGCCGGGCCGACGGGGGACCUGAGGCCGGGGAGCUGCCCAGCAUCGGGGAGGCCGCCGCAGCCUUGGCUCUGGCCGGCCGGAGGCCCUCACGAGGCCUUGCGGGGGGCACUGGGGCCUCUGGGCGGAGCAACGAGGAGCCUGGAGGUGCCACCCAACGCCUGUGGGAGACUGUGGAGCGCUCGGAUGAGGAGAAUCUCAAGGAGGAGUGCAGUAGCACGGAGAGCACCCAGCAGGAGCACGAAGAUGCACCUAGUGCCAAGCUCCAGGGAGAGGUGCUGGCCCUGGAAGAGGAGCGGGCUCAGGUGCUGGGGCGAGUGGGGCAGCUCAAAGUCCGGGUGAAGGAGCUGGAGCAGCAGCUGCAGGAGUCGGCCCGAGAGGCUGAAAUGGAGCGGGCACUGCUGCAGGGGGAGAGGGAAGCAGAGCGCGCACUGCUGCAGAAGGAGCAGAAGGCGCUGGACCAGCUGCAGGAGAAGCUGGUGACCUUGGAGACGGGCAUCCAAAAGGAGAGGGCCAAGGAGGCAGAAGCCCUGGAGACUGAGACAAAGCUCUUUGAAGACUUGGAGUUCCAGCAGCUGGAGCGGGAGAGCCGCGUGGAGGAGGAGCGCGAGCUGGCUGGCCAAGGGCUGCUCCGGAGCAAGGCCGAGCUGCUCCGGAGCAUCGCCAAGAGGAAGGAGCGCCUGGCGGUCCUGGACAGUCAGGCUGGGCAGAUCCGGUCCCAGGCUGUGCAAGAGUCAGAACGCCUAGCCCGGGAUAAGAAUGCCUCCCUGCAGCUGCUGCAGAAGGAGAAGGAGAAACUGGCUAUGUUGGAAAGAAGAUACCACUCCCUCACAGGGGGCAGGGCUUUCCCGAAGACCACGUCGACCCUCAAAGAGAUGGAGAAGCUGCUGCUCCCUGCUGUAGACUUAGAGCAGUGGUACCAGGAGCUGAUGGCCGGGCUGGGGACUGGCCCCGCUGCAGCCUCCCCUCGUUCCUCCCCCCCGCCUCUGCCCGCCAAAGCUUCCCGUCAGCUGCAGGUUUACUGCUCCAAGAUGGAUGGUGAGGCCACUAGCCCCUUGCCCGGGACCCGCAGUGGCCCCCUCCCCUCUUCCUCUGGCUCUUCCUCCUCCUCCUCCCAGCUCAGCGUGGCUACCUUGGGCCGUAGCCCCUCCCCAAAGAGCACUCUACUCGCCCAGAAUGGCACAAGCAGCCUUCCUCGCAACCUGGCAGCCACGCUGCAGGACAUUGAGACCAAGCGCCAGCUGGCCCUCCAGCAGAAGGGGCAGCAGGUGAUUGAGGAGCAGCGGCGGCGGCUGGCUGAGCUGAAGCAGAAGGCGGCAGCCGAGGCGCAGUGCCAGUGGGACGCCCUGCACGGGGCCGCACCCUUCCCGGCCGGGCCCUCGGGCUGCCCGCAGCUCCUGCGUCACUCCAUCCUGCACCACCUGCCGGCGUCCAGGGAGCGAGGGGAGGAGGGCGAGCACGCCUACGACACGCUGAGCCUGGAGAGCUCAGACAGCAUGGAGACCAGCAUCUCUACGGGGGGCAACUCGGCCUGCUCCCCCGACACCAUGUCCAGUGCCAGCGGCCUGGAUGUGGGGAAGACGGAAGAAAUGGAGAAGAUGCUGAAAGACGCCCAUGCGGAGAAGAGCCGGCUCAUGGAGUCGAGGGAGCGGGAGAUGGAGCUGAGGCGGCAGGCCCUGGAGGAGGAGCGGAGGCGGCGGGAGCAGGUGGAACGGAGGCUGCAGGGCGAGAGCGCCCGGAGGCAUCAGCUCGUGGAGAAGGAGGUCAAGAUGCGGGAGAAACAGUUCUCGCAGGCACGACCCCUGACCCGCUACCUGCCGAUCCGGAAGGAGGACUUUGACCUGAAGACCCACAUUGAGUCCUCAGGCCACGGUGUGGAUACCUGCCUGCACGUGGUGCUCAGCAGCAAGGUCUGCCGUGGCUACUUGGUCAAGAUGGGGGGCAAGAUUAAAUCGUGGAGGAAGCGCUGGUUUGUCUUCGAUCGACUCAAGCGCACCCUUUCCUAUUAUGUGGACAAGCAUGAGACGAAGCUGAAAGGGGUCAUCUAUUUCCAGGCCAUCGAGGAAGUGUACUAUGACCACCUGCGCAGUGCAGCCAAGAAGAGGUUUUUCAGCUUCACUAUGGUGUCUGAGAGCCCAAACCCGGCCCUCACCUUCUGUGUGAAGACCCAUGACCGGCUGUACUACAUGGUGGCCCCGUCCGCAGAGGCCAUGCGCAUCUGGAUGGAUGUCAUCGUCACCGGGGCGGAGGGCUACACCCAGUUCAUGAACUGACCGAAUGGGCCUCAUGGACCCUCAGGCUGGCCCAGGACCCAGGCCCAACUGCCUGCUGCUCCACUCGCCCCUGGAGACAGUCACGCCCUGGGCCUCAGGCCUCACACAAGUGCUCCCAGAGGCCCUGGAGGGCGGAGCAUGACUGGGGUUUUGUACAAGAAGUGACUUGUAAUGUUCUGUAAGGAGCUCGUCCUGUGAGUUUCUGAGCUCCAGCCCCCCCAAAGAACCAGCCAGGAGAUAAAAGUUGGGGAGGGGGCUUUGCUGCCUCCUGGGAGCCCAGAACUUGCAAUAUCCCUUCAGGGUCCUGCCCCAGGCCCAGCCAGGCUGAGGAGCUGUCACAGAGGGGCCGCUCCGCUCUGACCUGGCACCUGUGCUCCCCAGCCUGUGUUCUCUUUUGUAAAGGACUAAUUAUGGUACCAGAAGCUGCCAAAGAUCCCCUCUUGCCUCAGCCCCCUUUGCAGGGGCCUUGGGGGCUGAGCAGAGCCGCAUUCAGAGUGGGGUAACAGCUCAGGCGGUGUACCUCUCAAACCCCGCUCUACCCCAUUGUUGUCCUGCGUUUAUAUUUUUUAUUACUUUGCUGAAGGGCCAGAGACCGGAAGUGUCAUCCUUGAGGUCCCAGCUCUAUCACCUUUUUACAGACCCAUCACCAUGGUCACCACAGUGACGGCUUCAUCGCCAUGGUUACAUACUAAUUGCCGUGGCUCCGUGGCUCAGCCCACUGCUUCAGCGGUGGGCCCGUCUGAGGGUAUGUGCCAACAUCUCUCCAGCCCAGGCCCUUGGGCAUCUCCUGCUGGGGGGAAGGGACUGAACACCUUCUCCCUGCCCCCUGCCUGCGUCUCCAGGCCCUGAUACACAGCCUGCUGGCUCCCCUGUCCAGCCCUCCCCCUUCCACUCGUGCCUUGCUUUGAGCCAGAAGGGGUGAAGCUGGGAACUAGAGACCAGAGGAGGAGCCAUUGGAUGGGAGAAGCUAGAAGGGCUGUCCUUGGGCUUCUGUUAUAGGGCUGAGUUUCUGACAGAGGGUUGUUCAGAUUCUCCCUGAUGGAAGUCCUGAGCAGGAGAGGAAGCAACAGAGGGGGGUGCCCUGAGGUCUGGUUGCCCUCCCUGCAGCCUCAGAAGGGGGAUGAAAUGGAGAGCAGAGGACCAGGCCUCCAGCUGUCUGUGCUCAGCCCUUUCCGCCUUAACACUAAGCCCACCUCCCUGUCCCCCUUCCCAGCCCUGGGCCAUGGUUGCUGGGUCCAGGCUGGAUGUUUUUCAGUAUUUGUAAGCAUCUCAGCAGAACAAUAAAGCAUUUGGACUAUGU